GCCCCGAGCCGCAGCGCGCAUGCGUAGCCAUCCGCGCCGGUCCGCCGGCCAUGGGCUUCCGCAGCGUGUCUGCCACAAUGCCUGGGUCUCUUCCAGUGAAUGCUGAAUCCUGUUGGCCCAAAGAUGUGGGAAUUGUGGCACUGGAAAUAUAUUUUCCCUCUCAGUACGUUGACCAGACAGAGCUGGAGAAGUAUGAUGGUGUGGAUGCUGGGAAAUACACCAUUGGGCUGGGCCAGUCAAAGAUGGGGUUCUGCUCCGACCGAGAGGAUAUCAAUUCUCUCUGCUUGACUGUGGUUCAGAAGCUGAUGGAGAGGAACAGCCUUUCCUAUGAGUGUAUUGGGAGAUUAGAAGUUGGAACGGAGACAAUAAUUGAUAAAUCAAAAUCCGUAAAGACUGUCCUGAUGCAGCUUUUUGAAGAAUCUGGUAAUACGGAUGUAGAAGGAAUUGACACCACCAAUGCAUGCUAUGGAGGCACCGCUGCUCUUUUUAAUGCUAUUAAUUGGAUUGAGUCCAGCUCCUGGGAUGGACGCUAUGCACUGGUUGUUGCUGGAGACAUAGCUGUGUAUGCCACUGGAAAUGCCAGGCCAACGGGUGGAGCUGGUGCUGUUGCUAUGCUGGUUGGCCCAAAUGCUCCAUUAGUUUUUGAGAGAGGGUUGCGUGGAACCCACAUGCAGCAUGCAUAUGACUUCUAUAAGCCAGAUAUGGUCUCUGAAUAUCCUGUAGUUGAUGGCAAACUAUCUAUACAGUGCUACCUCAGUGCAUUGGAUCGCUGCUACACUGUCUAUCGCAACAAGAUCCAGGCCCAGUGGCAAAAGGAGGGGACAGAUAGACGUUUCACCUUGAAUGACUUUGGAUUCAUGAUCUUUCAUUCUCCUUACUGUAAACUGGUACAGAAGUCUGUGGCUAGACUCUUGCUGAAUGACUUUCUCAGUGACCAGAAUCCAGAAACAGCAAAUGGGGUCUUCAGUGGUCUGGAAGCUUUCAGGGAUGUAAAACUUGAAGAUACAUAUUUUGACAGAGAUGUGGAAAAAGCUUUUAUGAAAGCUAGUGCAGACCUCUUCAAUGAGAAAACCAAAGCUUCGUUACUCGUAUCCAAUCAGAACGGAAAUAUGUACACCCCUUCAGUCUACGGUUGCCUUGCCUCUCUUCUAGCCCAGUACUCCCCAGAGCAGCUCGCGGGACAAAGGAUCAGUGUGUUCUCAUAUGGCUCUGGUUUUGCUGCUACACUGUAUUCCAUCAGAGUUACACAGGAUGCCACUCCUGGUUCUGCACUGGACAAAAUAACUGCCAGCCUUUCUGAUCUCAAAACAAGACUUGACUCAAGAAAAUGUAUUGCACCUGAUGUCUUUGCUGAAAACAUGAAGAUUAGACAGGAAACACAUCAUUUGGCCAACUAUAUUCCUCAGUGUUCAGUGGAAGAUCUCUUUGAGGGCACGUGGUACCUCGUGCGUGUGGAUGAAAAACACAGGAGAACUUACGCACGGCGCCCACUGAUGGGGGAUGGACCUCUGGAGGCAGGAGUUGAAGUUGUCCACCCAGGCAUUGUUCAUGAGCACAUCCCAAGCCCUGCUAAGAAAGUGCCAAGAAUCCCUGCAACAACAGAAUCUGAAGGCGUUACUGUUGCCAUUUCCAAUGGGGAGCAUUAAGAUACCUCUGUGAGGUGGGGAAUGAAAGAAGGUGUGAGGGUAGGGUAAGAGAGAGAAAAAGGGUUGCAGUAGUGCUGAAAUUUUAAGUGUACAGUAGUACUUCAUUUGAGCUUGGAAAACCUAUUCAAGUUCCUUGAAAAGGUUUGUCAUGAUAUGGUGUGCUAAUACAUAUAGUCUUUUCAAAACACUAAAACCAUUAACAUACUGGAGGUGGAGGGACUUGCCAGGAGCUCUAUGGAUUCCUUAACACGUCUGAAUUUUUUUAAUUGCUGAGUAGUAGCUGUAGUCUAUUACAAGGUCUUUGUACAUAGAAAAAAAAAUCUUCUGCUUGCUCUUUCCAUGUAAAAUAACUUGAAACCUACACUGUUAACUUCUACUUAUAUUCAAGUGUGUGGCAAAAUAGUCCAAGCUUUUAAUGUUAGGUUCUCAGUGCCUUGACUGUUAAGCAGUCAGUCUUCUGAAUACUGCACUUCUCUUCCUCUUAAUCACUUUCCCCUGUCUUCUCCCAGUCCGCAUCCCAUCACCCCAUUGCUUUGGGAAAGGUACAGAAGCAAGUAGCAUUUAGUGGGGGAACAGCAUCUCUUCCCUACCCAAAUGACUGGGUUGGGACCAGCUAAGCUGACAGGUGGUUUUCUUCCAAGAAACUCUACCUACUCUGCUAGUUACUAUGUAAUUCCUCCUGACAUCCAUGUUACCUGCUUUGUACCUGCAUUAGGAAUCACAGCAGCCUGGGAGUAAAGAGGAAAAAGAAGGGAGGUAGUAGUUUUUUUUCUUCUAAAGAAAGGGGAUUGUUGAUUUGGCACCUUUCAGGAUUGUUUAGUAGAAGUAUCUAAGGCAGCAGAAUUUUCAAAUAAAACUUACAGGUAUUACAGAGCUGUUUUAAUUGGCAAAUGAAGGGAGGAAGAUCCCUUUUUUUCUGGAGCUUUGGUCUCUCACUAUUCUUUAUAUAAUACAUUUCUCAAAGACUUUGUAACUUUGAAUUUGGCUUUGUACUUUCAAGUCCGUCUCACUAUUAGUAGUAUUAUAGGAGUGGGGUCUUAUUUCCUUGAGUCUUUUUUUGUUUUCUUUGUUUGUUUGAUGUGGGGAUUUUGUUGUUCUUUUUCCUAACAUGCAAGCUAAAUGCUAUCCAUUUUACAAGUGGUAGAUACACAGUGCUAAUGGGGAUUCCAUUCUGGUAGACUUUUAAGGUCCAGAUUGGAGAUGAACUAUGACAUGAGCCUUGUAAGCUUGUAAUAUAUAUUUAAAUUGAGCUAAUGUACAGAAGGAAGUUUUGUUGAAUUUAUUUCUUUGGUAAGACUACAAAGCUACAGUAACUAAUAUAAAGUAGCAAAAAUUAUUUGUCUGUUAAACUACAACUUUUUUCUGUGUGUAAUGAAGUGUUUGUAUUAUCUGUCACUCACUAGGGUUUGAUAUCUUUCUGUAUUUGUACAGUCAAGCCUUGGUAAAAUAGUUGUUUAUUAUAAAUUGAUGAAUACUAAUCUGUUUGUUCUGCUGAAAAUGAUGGAGCGAUGAUGCAUGACGAUAGUGUUUGCAAGUAUUUUGGUUUAGAUUGCCCUUGUGAAACUUACCUUGGCACCAGAAAAACAAAUUGCCAUGGAACAAAGUCCAUUGCUGGCAGUGGACGAGCCAAGAAGGGAGCUACUGGCACACAGAGUUAACCACAGGGACCUCACGGUCUGUGAGGCUGAUCCUUUAUUAAAAUAAAGUUUGAGAUAUUUGAAA